AUGCGCGACACAAAUGACUGCCGACUGAUCGACGAGUCCAGCGAUUGCCGCCCGAAGACUGUUCCCGAAGACUCGCUGGUGACCACCGCACAACUGGUUAAGACAUAUCCGGAAGACAUGGUCAACGAGAACGGCAAGAAGUGCUGUCGCAUACUCUUAGUGGGAGAAUCCGGUGUCGGCAAGACUUCACUCAUAUUCUCGUUAGUGAGCGAAGAGUUCCCCGAAGAGGUGCCCCCGAAGGCCGAGGAGAUCACAAUCCCGGCCGACGUGACGCCCGAAAGGAUCUCCACUCAGAUCGUCGACUAUUCCGCUCAAGAACAGACUCUCGAUGUUCUCCUGCAAGAGAUACGCAAAGCGAAUGUCAUUUGCGUUGUCUAUGGUGUCGAUGACGACGAGACCAUCGAUAAGAUUACUAGUUAUUGGUUGCCAUUAAUUCGGGAUGAAUUGGGCGAAGAGCACAGCACUCCCGUAGUAUUAGUCGGAAAUAAAGCCGAUUUAGUCGAUUACAGUUCCUUAGAAGUGGUUCUUCCGGUUAUGAAUCAGUUCUAUGAAGUGGAGACAUGUGUUGAGUGCUCAGCCAAGAGCUUGAAAAACAUAUCCGAACUCUUCUAUUACGCUCAGAAGGCAGUCCUUCACCCGACGGCCCCUCUCUACUCACCCGAAGAUAGAGACUUGACGGAGAACUGUAGGAAAGGGUUGACACGAAUCUUCAAAUUAUGUGAUUUAGAUAACGACGGAGUGCUGAACGAUCACGAACUCAAUCGCUUCCAGAGGCGCUGCUUUGAUAGUCCACUGCAACCGCAGGCUUUGGAUGACGUGAAGAAUAUCGUCAAACGAAGCCUUCCGGACGGUGUGUUCGACGACGGGCUCACACUCUCGGGCUUUCUAUUCCUCCACACGCUCUUCAUUCAGAGGGGAAGGCAUGAGACGACGUGGACUGUGCUCAGGAAGUAUGGCUACAACGACGCCGUCUGUCUCGGCGAACAGUACUUGAGGCCAAAAGUGGAGGUGCCGUUGGGCUGCAGUACGGAACUCACAUCACAGGGCUAUGACUUCUUGAAGCAGUUGUUCCUUAAGUACGAUAAGGACGGCGAUGGGGCCCUCUCUCCCAAUGAGUUACACAAUCUGUUCAGUGUUUGCGAGCGACUGCCCGUUUGGGUCAACGAAGACAUCUCCGGGAUUGUCGAAUGCAAUGACAAGGGAUACGUCACUCUUCAGGGAUUUCUUGCCAUCUGGACACUAAUCACUGCCAUCGACGUGAGCCAAACGUUUGAAUAUUUAGCGUAUUUCGGGUAUAUAUCGCCGCCAGAAGAGAGUCAAUUGACUUCUGUUUACGUGACACGCGAUAAGAGAAUAGAUUUGCAGAAACGGCAAACCAGUCGUAAUGUGUUCUCUUGCCAUUUGGUCGGACCUCAAGGCGCGGGAAAGACAUCUUUCAUGAAAGGAUUUUUGGGCAAAACUCUGCUCCAAACCAAAGCCAAAUCAAGUCUUACGAAUAAGAUUAGUCUCUAUUCUAAUUAUGUGGUCAAUACUAUUCAGAUUUACGGCCAACAGAAGUAUUUAAUUAUCAGAGAAAUAGAUAUAUUGACGCUAAACGACAGACUAACUGAACCCGAAUUAAUAUGCGACGUCUCGUGUCUCAUGUAUGACUCAACAGAUCCCAAGUCCUUUGAAUAUAUCGCUCGAACUUUUUUGAAAUGUUUUAUGAACACAAAGCUUCCGAUUCUGGUGGUGGCGGCCAAGAGCGAUGAGCUCCCGGUGCGCCAACAAUACACGUUACAACCGGACGAGUUCUGCGCCAAGUAUAAGCUGCCGCCGCCUCACUAUUUCAGCGUCAAUAAGGAGGAGCUCCUCAAAGAAGUGUACGUCAAGUUGGGCACAAUGGCCGCCUAUCCCAACCUGAGACGUCUGGUGCACGUCCUACUCAUGCGACCCACGCAGUCGUGGGUUUCCCAACACUUAGAUACCCUUCAGAGUGUUCUGCCGAACGACACGAACACUUGGAUCCGAGCGGGUGUCGGGUUUGCGACCCUCACGAUUGUCGGACUAUAUAUCAUACGAUUAAUGAAAGCAACGAAUACUACGCAAAGAUAGUCUGCGAUUAUAUAUACAGUAUAUAAUAAAUGGGUUUUUAGAUGAUUAGAUCAAAAGUCAUAAGAAUAUUAGAAAUUAAUUCAUUGUAUUUCGAGUCGACUCUUAGUUUGUAAUUUUAAAGGUAUGCCAACAAUUAAUUAUAUAUUAGUUUUAAGGUUCAAAUUGCAAAUUGUGCCUCAAAUUCAUUGAUUUUAUUUAUAUAAAGCGAUCGAUCGAUAAAUCAUUUUCUUAUUAAAAAAAAUAUAAC